AUGACAGGAACUCAAGCAGGAGAAAACAUGGUUAUAAUUUCAGGCAACAGCAGCUAUAUCGGUGCAACAGAUGGAGGCACGAUGCUGGGAGCUAUGGCCGGCCUUGGCGCCAUCUUGCUCGUCUUCCUGCUCUACGCCAAGAACAAGGGUUGGUGGUGGACGCCCGUCCGAAGCAUGGCAUGCUGCGACGAUGCGGCUUGCCCCCCCGUUUUGACCCGAACACUACCGACACCUUCACUGCCUGCUUCUGUUCCGUAUUCGACCCCGAAUGCCAAGCUGGCGAAGGCCUACCCCAUCGACGGCGCAGACUCCAGCUCGGAGUCGGAGACGGGCGGGACGGGCAAGCUGCGCGGCCCGCCGCCUCCGGGCUCCUGCCGCCCGCCGCGGGGCCCCGACCUCGUGUCGCUGGUGGAGAAGGGCCGCGUGGGCAUGAGCAGCAACAGCUCCUGUUGCAGCUCGACGGCCAGUUCGGUGGGGGAGCGGCACGGGUUGGCCGCCGACAUCCUUUCUAGGACUCCAAGUGACUUGCGGGAAACAAAAAUCGACAAUCGUGGCAUAGAUUAUCAAAUGGAACACACCUCUGCGCAAUUUGAAAGAAUAGACAAUAACUGCAAUAGAGACUGCAUCGUGGUGAUGCACCCGGAAGUAGACGACCGCUCCUGCGACCCCAUCCCGGGCGGCGGCGCAGGCCAGGAGUCGCCGUCGUCGGUCCCGCUGUCGGCGUCGACGUCCUCGGGCGGGGGCGGAGGCGGCAGGAGCGGCCAUCUGGAGAUCGCUUUGCUCUACGACGCGCCCAUGCGUAAGAUGACCGUCCACGUGCUGCAGGCGCGCGACCUGCCCGCCAGGGACCGCGGACAACCCGCACAAACGCAGGUGAGGUUGAUUUUACUACCCAGCAAGAAACAAAAGCACAAAACCAAAAUAAGAUCAGGCGAAAAUCCUCAGUACAUGGAGAGUUUUGUUCUUCAUCGAGUUAAUCCAGAGGACGUGAACUCCAUGGGUGUAAGACUUCGAGUAUAUGGCUGUGAACGUAUGCGAAGGGAGAGGUUGAUUGGAGAGGCAGUUGUGAGUUUUGCCAACAUCAAUUUGGAAUUAGAAAACAAUUUUUGGUUAACUCUAGAACCUAGAUCUAACACAACGUUGUCUGGAGACCUCCUGAGCCUGGCAAGAUCGGAUAGCACAGGUUCAACACAUUCCAUGCAACAUGGCGGCGUUCCAGAAUUACUACUAGGGCUGUGCUACAAUGCAAUAACUGGCAGACUGAGCGUUGAAGUUGUCAAGGGGUCACACUUCAGUUACCUUCUCAGAAAUUUUGGAAUGAAUCGAGCUCCAGAUACUUACGUGAAAUUGAAUUUGGUCAGUAGUACAGGUCAAGAACUAGCACAGAACAAAACGAGUGUUAGACGAGGACAACCAAAUCCAUUGUUUAAGGAAACAUUCGUAUUUCAGGUGGCAUUAUUUCAACUGGCCGAUGUUACCCUGAUGAUAGCAGUUUACAACAGGAAGGGAGUAACGAAGAGAAAGGAAAUGGUAGGGUGGUUCAGCCUCGGUCUGAAUUCGAGCGGUGCAGAAGAAUUGGCGCAUUGGAUGGACAUGAAGGAAUAUCAACAAGAACAGAUAUCGCGCUGGCAUAUACUAGUCCAGUCAUAGCUGAUACACGUUUAUGGUGUAAUCGGCCCUAAUGGAUAUUCCCAAUCAAAAUGAGUUUUUCUCAAAAAUAACGUUUCCAAAACUUUUGCAAAUUUGUAGGAAGUUGCUGUUAUUGGUGCUAUACAGGUUUUUGUCAUUGACGAUUGAACUCGUCACUUUCAGCAGUUUUUCGAACCAUUUGGAACAAAGUUUGAGCUUUCAAAAAUUCAAUGAUGAUGUGUAUAAUCGCCAUCAUUGGUAACCCGAUUUCACUAACUGAAUGUCUAUAUUCGAAAUGUGUUUCCCAUCUUGAUAUCCUAUAUAUUCUCAGCUACAAAAGUUUCUUCAUAGACAUUGAUUUCCGAAAAAUCAUCAUUUAUUGAAUCGAGUGAAAAUAUUAACAAUGAUGUCAUGAAAAUGAUCUGAUUUGCCUUUAACCUGCACACAUUUUUUACUGCAUACGAUGUAUACAUUACUGAUUACUGAGAUUUUGUGUGGAACCAUAUGAAAAAUGGAUUUAGUGGAACAAAAUAGCUCGUGAUCUAUGAACAAAAAAGUUCUGUUUUGACAUUCCAUUUGGUAGCGUUUGUGAUAUUAAAAUCGAAUUUGAUGAAAAAGAUCAAAAAGUGGGAUACUAUAUUAUUUUCCUCGCAUCAUAUUCCACCUAAACAAUGUUUUGAUAUUGAUUGAUACAAAGACUUUUUGUCUUGCUAAGAUAUCUUCGUCACUUAUUCUCGAAUAGUGCAAACAUUAAUUAUAUUUCAAAUGAUACAUUAUCUCAUAAGAUUUAUAUUCAACAUGAAAGAAAAUAUUAAUAAACAUUGAUACUAAUAUUUUCUUCUGUAGGAACAUUGCACUGGAGAAAGCCCAUUCAGAUUACUUGAUGAGAAUUCACAUAAAAUCGCUGUUUUACCGGUUGUCCCAGAGAGGUGGCUUGCCUCUAUGUGUAUAAGACAUUGAAAUAACUGACUGGACCUUCAACAUCCAGUUCAACCAGAACAUUAUUAACAACUUUCGAAUUUUGAAUGAGACACAAUAAUGCCACAUUCGAUUUGGAGAUGAGAACGACCAUACCCCUUCUAUAUAGGUACCAAUUUGAAUGAGACAAAAAUACCUUAAAAGUAAUCUCGAUGGGAUUCUUGAGUGGACAACUUUUUACUGGCCAAACUUCACAGGCAUGUAAAGUGCUUGAUGUAACCUAUCUAGUUUGUAGCAUCAUAAUGUUCGUUUUGAUUUUCACGUACAAUUUUCAAUUCAUGUACUUCAUGAUUCUCGGACAUUGAAAAUAAUUUAUAUUAUAUGCAUAAUGCCAAUGGCUAUACUUGAAUAUUUUCAUUAAAUUUAGAGGUCGUCAGUUCACUCAUUUCUGGUCAAGAUGGAGGUCAAAACAGAAAAUUAAUUGAAACAGUUUCUGACAUUACCAUUGGUGUCUCUAGUGGACCAAAGGAAUACAUCACUCUAAAUGAUUUGCCCUGUAUAUUAGAUUUGUACACACCAGUUAAGUUUGGCCAUUCAGAAGUGUUUUAGCUAGUCAAAUUUGAAGGUUAGAUAAAUUAUAUAUACUACAGCAUUUCGCUCAAUGGAUUACAUUUACUUGCUUGCAGCCAACUUUUCAGAAAUUAAAGGAUCUAGACUCCUCAAAGUUGAACUACACAGGAUGAGUCAUUUUAUUAUUAUUAUUUUCAUUAUUAUUAAUUUUAUUAUUAGUACUAUCAUUAUACUCGUUAUUAAUAUUAUUAUGUUGGACAUUUAUGCCAUGAAAGGACUAAUUUUGGAGUGCCCAGACAUUUAUCUUUUUAGGAACCGGGAUAUAUCAAUCUUAUGUAUUAUGAUUCUAAUAUAGUGAGUGUGUAAUAUGAUGUUUCAUGAAUCGAAUCAAUACUAUUUUUUACAGUGUCACACUCUGGGAAGCACCACCAUCAUUUUUCAUGAUGCUGGAAUACACUUCAAAAAUUAAACAUAAUAGAUUAUACAGCAUUUUGAUAUCAUUUCAUAUAUGAUUCUUUUGAUUAUCACUCACUGUAAACAAUAUAAUAACCAAUAUUAUUGACCAAUGUUCAUAAAAACUUUGCUUCUUGAAUUAAAAUACAGUAUUCUAUCAGUUGUCCCUAUUUUGCUGCUAAAAAUUGGCCAACCUCUAUAUUUUGUAUUUACAUAGGUACUAGAUGUAGGAAGAAAUGUAAUCCAACAUCUACUACAAACAUCCAAAGGAAGAGGAAUACACUGUGAGAAUCAUUUUGUCAAACCCUAUGUAUUAUAUCUUUGCCAAAGAAAUAAUAUUAUGCCAAGCACAAAUUAUUGAUAAGCUGAUAAAAAUGAGUAGGGAUGGGUUCUUUUACUAGUUUUAAGUCUGAAAUAAUGUUGAUGCCUAAAGAUGUCUAUUGAUAUUAAAUCCACUAUAUGUAGAUAUACUAAAUGAUAUAUUGAACGUUACCUAACUCUUUGUGAAUACUUGUUCAUUGAAAUAUGAAUAUAUUCCUUUUUUGUCAUUUUGUGGAGAAUUAAACCUCAGCAACGGUUCAAAAAUUGAUCAAAAUAAGACGUUUUGUUUUUUUAGUCUUGUUCCAUUGUGGUCAAUAUUUGAGCAAUUACUAUCAAUGCAUUUUAAAGCCAACUGAACUUUCUCUUCAUGCCUACUGAAAAUUAUCAACAUAAUGACUUUGUAUCAUCAACUUGUUGAAUUUCAUACAUCAACAAAGCUUUGAUCAUCACAUAAUCAUAAUGAUGGAACAAUAAAGUAGCAAUUAAUUGAAAUGUUCCAUUUCAAUGAAUAAAUGAACCUAUAUUCACAUAGCUUGCUGAAGAUUCAAAUUCAAAUACUUGUUGAGAAUUGGAGAAUUGUUGUCCAUUUGAUGUGUUCAUGUAACAAUUCAAACAUCUAUGGAGAUAACUUUGUCGUGAUUUGUAAUAACUGUGAUUGUUAACACAUCCAGUAUGAAACUGUGAAAAAUGUAUUGAAUUAUCUAUCAUUCUGUCUUUAAGAAAAAAAACAUGCAAAAAAUGGAUGUCACUGUAUAGACCCAGUUGAAACAUAUCAUCUAAGGAAUGUCGGACCGCGCUGCCGCUCUCUUUAAACUUUCAAACGGACCGACGGCCCGCGGUGAUAUGUUUUUCCAACUGACUUUGCAUUGACUUCAUCAUCAUGUACUGAAUUAGGUAGGCACUUGCACACAUUUAACUUGGUCUCUUUGUCAGCCAGAAAAUGUUUUUUUUUGUAUUCCAAUUUUUUCCCAUAGUGGACCUCACAAAAACUAAAAAUCACGUUUUCUCUUAGGGUAUUGCUUUACCAUGAAGGACCACAAUAUUCAAGAUAUAUCAUUAUCUGAAAUGCAAGUAGCCUUUUAUUCAGCUGUAUUCCAAUGAAAUAAAAGAUGGACCAUACUAUACAUAUUUAGGAAAAUAUUUCAUUAACUAUUGAAUUGAAUAUUUGAGAAAAUGGUGUGUAUACCCCAUCCCUACUAUUAUAUAAAUAUAUGAAAUUCUAUAAAACAUAUUGCCUUCUACUCAAAAUGAAAUUAUGAAGUGGAUUUUAAAAUAUAUUGAUAUAUUAGGAUUAUUAAGAUUUUGUACUUUGUCCAUUUUUUAUUGUUAAUCACUGGUAUGAUAUGCAUGGAUAUAUACUGCACUGCUGAAAUACAAAUGCACUAAUAUUGGUGUAUCUUUUUCAUAACUAUUAUUGUAUUUGAAAUUUUGUACAAAUACAUUUUGAAUAACUCUUGUC